ACAAUAGAAGUUACAUUUGUAUAAUCAUGGAGCGCUUCCGGUGACGGAUCAAUCGUCAGACUGGGGAAUGUGGGGGAGUUGUUUGUCGCCUAACGUCAAUCCUUGCUUUCUGUUAUCACACGGGUGGAACUCUAGCAUAAAACCUGGUAAUAGGAUAUUUAUUAGGGAAUAUGGACUUCUGCAUUUCGGGUAUGCAACUUGAAGGAAGCGUUAAAGAUGAGAUUUAAUUUUAUGUGGAUAUUUUUCUUUUUGAUACAAUCGGUGUUUGGUUCAUUUGAUCCACGGUCAUUUCAAAAAGCUGGAUGUUUCAGAAUGGGUCACACGAGAAUAGUUCAGAUACCUGGUUGCCUACAAUUCAAUGUAACAACAAAUGCUUGCAGAGGCUUUUGCGAGUCCUACGCCAUCCCGUCAUCACAAAGAACACUGUUAGCCAAUCGCCGACACUUUCUGACGUCACGAGCGGAAUGUUGUGGAAUCGAAGAGACACAUGAUAUAACAGUGUCUGUGAGAUGCGCCAAUGGGCUGCGUGAAGUGACAUUCAGGUCUGCCAAAUCGUGUGCCUGUUCCAUGUGUCGUUAUGUCUAGUGAAUCCCGUCAGGAACAGUAGAACAACGAUGAAGAAGUUAAAUUGUGAUAACGUCCAAAUAUCUCCACAUAGUACAUAGAAUGGGACGAUACAGCUGUAUCUAUUUUAGGAUAUAAGAAAUACACGAAAAUUCAGAUAUGUUGUCAAUUGAUAGUGUUUUUUCUCUCCACAAGUUCUGAAUUGAUUUUUAUUCUCUGAUUUGCAAUGAAACAUACAUCAAAGCAAUGCUCUGUUCGUCUGGCUUUUUUGAUCAACUUAAUGUCUUUCAACUUCACAUGAGUGUUAUUUUUCAUUUUUAUAAAGGUCUCCUUUUAGAACAUGACAAAGAUGAAUUGUUAAUGGUCGCCAUUGAAACUUUCCAUGUGAUCAGAUCUACUACGUCCGGCAGAACUUUGAUGUCUGAAUUGUGCCCCGCGUUUACUAAAUGCACAAGGUCUCUUUUUGUGUGCAUACGUGUUGAAAGAAUUACACAACAUGUGUAUCAUAAAAAGAAAGUUUUAAACUUGAAAUUCUCCAUUAUUCUCAAGAGAUGUUCACUUUAAACAUAUGAUAUACUUAUAACAGAUAUCAACGGAACACAAAGAACAUGCUUGACAAAAUAAUUUUUCAGAUCGCGCUGGAGUUGAUAAAAACAUAGUCCAUUCAGAGAAAUACACAUAGCUGUAUAAUAAAAUGGAGAAAAUCAACACUUAAAUGUUUAUUCCCAUAUUUUUAACAAAAGAUUUUGCCAUAACCUGGAAAAGUGAAAUGUUUUUUUUAUUGUAUCAGUAUAUCAGCAAACCACCUUUCAUACCUUGCGAGUUGUUAAAACAAUUUAUAUGGGUAUAUUGUAUAAUUUGCAUUAUUUUACUUCUAUCCAGUAAAUUAAAGAAAUCAUUUUUCAAAA